CCAAACUUUACGUCAUUAUCAACAACGAAGCGAGCAUAUUGUGAGCUACGGCCAUUUCUUACGUCGCUGUAUUUUCUUGACAAUUUUAUUCUUCGAUAUACACAGUAUUUCUGUUUUGGCAAGCAAGGAAAUUUGUUAUAGUUUAUUAGCUGGCUCGCAAGCCAGUUGAAUCUCUCCAGAAUGGAUCCAACAAGUCGAUACCAAGUGCUGCACAAUGAGGAUGACUCCUCCGAGGCCUCCGGCAGUGAGCAGCAGCCGUCCUCCGACACCCAGGCUGGAACAUCUCUGGACCAAAGCCAGACACAGAGCGAUGAACUUCCUGCUCCACCACCAGCAGAAGCUGGAGGUGCAGAAGCAGCUCCGCCACCUUACGCCUCUAUAGACCUGGGCGCAACUGCAGCUUUGCCGGAGACCAGUUUCCAAAGUGACUUUCCAGUGCCACCACCGUACAGCGUGGCCACUUCGUUGCCCACGUAUGACGAAGCGGAAAAAGCAAAAGCGGCGUCCAUGGCUGCUUCCGCCGUGGAGGUCGUAUCACGGGAGGACGAAUUUCUUCCCAGAGAUGAUUUCAGCGAUGCUGACCAACUGCGAGUUGGGAAUGACGGAAUCUUCAUGUUGGCCUUUUUCAUGGCCUUCCUGUUCAACUGGAUCGGCUUCUGUCUGUCUUUCUGUUUAACCAACACCAUCGCAGGGCGUUACGGCGCCAUCUGUGGCUUUGGGCUCUCACUCAUCAAGUGGAUUCUCAUUGUCAGGUUCUCUGACUACUUCACUGGCUACUUCAAUGGUCAGUACUGGCUGUGGUGGAUCUUCCUGUUGCUUGGUCUCCUGCUGUUCUUCAGAGGUUUUGUCAACUAUCUCAAGGUCCGCAAUAUGUCAGAAAACAUGGCCUCUUCGCACAGAACACGUCUCUUCUUCCUGUAUUAACAAGGGUUCCGCCCCGUUGCCAUUCCGUUCCAUUGACAUGUCCAACAACUACCACCCAUCCCCACCCUCGAAUGACCUGCUAGACCAUCAUUGCAGUGAAGAGGAAGAAGGGCAGCAAAGUAAAAAGUAAACGUAGGGAGAAAUGUGUAGUUGAAUGUAUAGCGGAUAGAUAUAGAUUUUCUCCACUUGCAGUGAGUUGUGCCGCUCGGCCAACGAACAAUUCUGAUCAAGUCUUACUUCAUCCAGGAAUUAGCACUUUGACCUUGGCAGGGGGUGCGGGUGCUGCCUACACCCUUGUUAACACCCUAGUCACUUUCACUUAAAUCAAUACUAGACAAUUUAUAAACUUGCAUAUAGGACUAGCUGACAUAUCCCGUGACGGCUCACCAUUCAGAGCUGACAAUAAUCCGAUUUUUUGGGGCAAUAGUCGAUUGAAGUAGUACCUAAUAAAAUAGCAUUUUUGGCACAUCCGAGCCAAAAAAUAGGAUGAAUUUCAGGAUUGUUUCACGUCCUAUGCAUCACCAGCGAGACAAUUUUACCGAAGGAGGGCUACUCUCACUGCUGUCAUUUCUGAUAGUAACAAGACAAAUAUUUGACCACCAGCUGUGGUCGUUUUUUUUCCUUAUUCAACAGCGUCUAAUUACGGAUGGAGGAAAAGCAAACUUUCGGCUGCGCUAGAAGGUAAGUUAGACAUGGCCUGAAAGCAAAAAAAAAAAAAAAAAAAAAAAUUUACAAGUCCUAUGCAAUGUCGUUGAGUUGCCGGGAAAAAUCUUUUGGAUUAAGACGUCAUUAACAAUUCAUUAAACGCUGGGCAAUAAAACUUAAAAAUGUGAUUGGCCGUGCAUUUACAAAUGUGUAUGGUUUUAUAUUAUGAAGAUAUAAAUAGUAUCCGUCCUUUUCCAUUGAAGUGUUUUGUGACAUGAAAUCCUAUUUGCUAGUAUAAAAUUAAAAAACUAAAGCAAGCAGAGAUGUGAUUGUUCGGCGUAAUCAUAGAAAGUGAUAACAACUGAGCCCGUCUGGACAAAGUAAACAUCAACCCCAAAAUGUCAAAAUGUAAAUACCAGCUUAAAACCAAUUCAUAUUUGCACUUUGAACUUCUGUACAGUAUAAUUUGUGAAUCUGCUUAACUUUAUGUGGUGUUGGAGCAGUUAAAGAAAAUAAUCAAAACUGCCUUCUAUGAUUUUCAACUUGAAUUCUUAAUCAUGUGGAAUACUGCUGUUUUUUUUUUUUUUUUUUUUUUUUGGUCUUCUUUGCACUUUUCACACUUUUUUUUGUUUAUCUUCUGAACUGUGACUGUUUAAGUAUUGCCAAACUUUUUCUCGCCUUUUUUUUUCUUCUCCCCUUCAGCCUUUUUUCAGCAAUAUCCAAAAUUUUCUGCAUGAUUUACAUGCUCGAAUGAUUAGCAGGGAUAUCAGGAGUUCAACGUUUAUUUUGAAAGCCAUGAACCAGUACAAAGAACAAAUGAAAUAAGAUGGCAGUCAUUUUUGUUGUUGCUUUGGCAAAUGUAACCUGUCAUUUAUUGUAACUGGAAUUAAUUGAUGUAUCGGGAAAUGACAAUAAAGUUUGAAAAAUG